AUCACGCUCCCUACGAUCCUCCUUUUACUACCCUCCUUCAGCAAAGCUACCCUAGACUCGCUUGCCCAUUAUGGUGUCGAUCAAACAAGUCGCUUUCUUUGCCCUGGCAUCCGGUCUCGCAACCGUUGACGCCCAAUCCACCGGAAAAACGACCCGGUACUGGGACUGCUGCAAAGGUUCAUGCGGAUGGUCCGGCAAGGCCAACGUGAAUCAGCCCAUUAGAAGCUGCGACAAGAGCGACAACCCCAUUGCCGACAUGGCAGCGAAGAACGCCUGCGACAAUGGUGGCUCGGCAUACAUGUGCACAAACCAGAUGCCAUGGGCUGUCGACGACAACACCGCCUACGGCUUUGCGGCUGUGAAGCUCCAGGGCAAGUCUGAGGCUGAUUGGUGCUGUGCUUGUUAUGAAUUGACCUUUACAUCUGGCCCUGUCUCGGGUAAGAAGAUGAUUGUUCAAACCACCAACACUGGCGGCGACCUUGGCGACAACCACUUCGAUAUCGCCAUGCCGGGUGGUGGCGUUGGCAUCUUCAACGCCUGCACGAACCAGUGGGGCGCACCUCCAAACGGUUGGGGACAGCAGUAUGGCGGUAUCUCAAAGCGAUCCGACUGCGAUAGCUUCCCCGCGAAGCUCAAGGCGGGUUGCCAGUGGAGGUUCGAUUGGUUCAAGAAUGCUGAUAACCCGAGCGUGUCGUUCAAGGAGGUUACAUGUCCAUCGGCGUUGACGUCCAGGACUGGCUGCAUCAGGAAGUAAAACAUGUCGAUGCGAUGGAUCUUCAGGGGAUCAGCUAAAUCCCGGGCGUAUGACGUCUAUAUGUAUGAAUUCGUGUUUCGUUGUAUAUAGUUCUCACAAAAAGCCAUGUUGUAAAUGUG